AUGUUGAUUGAGCAACCCGCAACCGACCAGAAACUUUCUCCCACCUACGAAGUCACCUCUACAAAAACGUUAGAUUGGUACCUUGAGAAACAUGGUCUUGAGAUGGGAGACACGAAUCAUGUCCGUUGGGUCAAGACCAAUCCACGACAUCCUCGAAAUUGGUCUUCAUGGCGGAAAACAUAUGACUUCGGCCUACUCAUCUUCCUAGAUUUCUUUACCACGGUCAUUAGCACAGCAGGAACGCCCGCCAGUGAGCAAGCACGUCAUGAUCUUGGGAUUGGAAGCUCCUUUUCGCUAUUCAGUUUUGUCACCAUAUACAUGCUCGCCCAAGCUAUUGGGGGUGUCUUCUUUCCUCCAUACUCCGAGUCUUUCGGGAGGAAACGGUUGUUCAUUAUAGCGACCGUAUCGUAUUGCGUUUCCAGUAUCAUCAUUGCAAGGGUUUCGAAUGUCGCUGCUAUCAUUGUGUGUCGGUUUAUCAGCGGCUUGGCUUCUGCAUUGCCGACUAUCGUUAUUGCUGGUAGCGCAGAGGACAUCUUCGAUGCCGGGCAUAGAAUCUGGAUGAUUUAUGCUUGGGCUGUUGCGGCGAAUGUAGGUAUAUGUAUGGGACCGAUAUUAGGCAUAUUUGUAACAGAGUCUCUGGGCUGGCGUUGGAUUUUCUACCUCUCAGCCAUAAUAACAGGACUGUGGUCUAUCCUGCUUCUCUUCAUCAAGGAGAGCAGACCGAGUCAGCUUCUCAGUAAAGCUGUUGCUGAUGUACGUAAAGAAUCCGGAGAUAAUACUUUGCGCAUAAGAAAUCCAGAUCAUGCACCAGACUUCCGCACCUUCGCUCAGGUUGCCUUAAUACGACCAGUGCGGCUAUUCUUCACGGAACCAAUCGUCUUCAUCUGUUCAGUCUUGAGUGCAGUCGCGUUUGGCUUGCUAUAUCUCUUCACAGAAGCUUUACCCAUAGUCUACAAAUCAUAUGGUUUCACGCCCGGUCAGGCAUCUUUGGCGUUCAUCCCUCUCGUGAUCGGUAUUUUCAGCGGUACCUUGACACGCUUCUACGAUCUGAGAAUCUACAAACGGCGUAUGAACAGUGGUGAAAAAUUAGAACCGGAAGACAAGCUUACUGGCUUUGCGAUUGGAGCUCCUCUUCUCGCUGUCGGUCUUUGGUGGUUCGCGUGGACUAUUCCGCCACAGGUACAGGGCGUGCCGUGGAUCGUGUCAAUGCUUUCGCUUUUGUUGGUUGGGUAUGCCACCAACGAGUUUGACUGCACACUUGCUGGAUAUAUCGCAGACAGUUACACAGUCUUCGCCGCAUCCGCUUUUGCUUCUAUCGCCUUCCUGAGAGCUCUAUGCUGUGCUGGAUUUCCACUAUUCGCCAACCGUAUGUUUACCGUCAUCACGCCUAACACGGCAUCGUCUAUCCUCGCCGCUGUCGCUACCGUCUUUUGUGUUGGACCUGUGGUAUUAUUGCAUUAUGGGAGGAGAAUUAGAGAGGUGAGCUCCUUUGCGAGAUAUAGCUUGGAACAGUAUGGGUAUAAUGAGGUUGAUCGAGAUAGAGAUCUUGUUUUGAGAGAUGAAGAAAACAAGAGAUAA